CCUGCCCCUGCUCAUAGACGUCACCACCACCAGAGAGGCAAGAGCAGGCAACUGUACCUCGGUUGACACAUAUACAACACACAUACGCAGACACCGACCAGCAGCAGCAGCAGCAGCAGCAGUGCAGGAGCAAGACAUGCCAUAAUAAUAACACAGCAACCAAAAGCCACUGCACUGUGAAGCGGAGGAGGUCUUGUAGCAGCUGCCCCGGGAAUGUCCACCGUGCAAACCCUGAGGAGAAAAUGAAGCGCAAGAGCGAGAGGAGACGAGCCGAGUCGAGGAAAAAGCGCUGUGCAGCUCACAACAGCUCAGAGGCGGCGCCAAACUCUGAUAUUUACAUUGAGAUAACAGAUCAACUUUAUUUCGCCAUACUAAAGCAAAAGAUCAAGAGCACAGCCGAACGACACUGUUUCUGCAUAGAUGAAGAGUUGGCAUAUGAGAACUUCUAUGCAGACUUUGGUCCCCUUAACCUGGCCAUGUUUUAUCGCUUCUGUUGCAAGCUGACAAAGAAGCUCAAGUCCCUUACACUCUCAAGGAAGAAAAUCAUAUUUUAUACCUGUGGAGAUCAGAAGAAACAAGUCAACGCUGCCUACCUAAUUGGCUCAUAUGCAGUAAUGAAUCUUAACAUGAUGCCUGAGGAGGCCUACAGUCUGCUGGUGUCGAGGAAUUCAACAUAUAUUCCAUUCAGAGAUGCUUCGUUUGGAACCUGCAUGUACAAUCUGAACAUCCUUGAUUGCCUACGUGCCAUUCACAAGGCUCUGCAGUACGGCUGGCUCGACUUCUCCAACUUUGAUGUGGAAGAAUAUGAGCACUACGAGAGAGCAGAAAAUGGAGACUUAAACUGGAUAAUUCCAGGAAAGUUCCUUGCAUUCAGUGGGCCUCAUCCAAAAAGUAAAAUAGAGAAUGGGUACCCAUUGCACGCUCCUGAGGCCUACAUCCCAUACUUCAGAAAUCAUAACGUCACCGCUAUCAUCAGGCUCAAUAAGAAGAUGUAUGAUGCCAGGCGUUUCACAGAGUCUGGGUUUGAGCACCACGAUCUGUUCUUUGUGGAUGGGAGUACACCAAACGACUCCAUCGUCAGGAAGUUCCUCAACAUUUGUGAGAAUGCAGAAGGAGCCAUUGCUGUCCACUGCAAAGCUGGUCUGGGGAGGACUGGUACUCUGAUUGGCUGUUAUAUGAUGAAACAUUACCGGCUGACUGCUGCAGAAGCCAUCGCCUGGAUACGGAUCUGCCGACCAGGGUCCAUCAUUGGGCCUCAGCAGAACUUUGUUGAAGAGAAGCAGAACAGUCUAUGGGCAGAGGGAGAUGUUUUCCAGGAGAAGAUGCUAAAUGAACGAGAGAAUGGAAAGAUGGCUGUGACCAGGAUCCUGUCUGGAGUGGAUGACAUAACUAUCAAUGGAAGCAACAAGAACAGGGCACCCAAGAAAGAAGAAAUGGAAUUGUAUAAUGAUGAAGAGGAGAGGAAUGGCCUCACACAGGGAGAUAAACUGCGCGCCCUGAAGAGCAAGAGGCAGGCCAGAUCGUCAUCAGGUUCACUAUCACAAGAGGAGAAUAAGAUUCACACCAGGUCAUCAUCACAGUCCCUAAGCACGGUCAUCCUGCAGGCCAGUGUUCAGGGCUGUAAGACCAGUGUCAACCCGUUGGCUCUGUCUGACCACUCAGACAGCAGGAAGAGGACCAGAACCUCGCUGCCUGCCAGCGGAAUAGGAGGAAGCUCCCUGUGCCACACCAGACUUGUCAGGUCCCUAGGCAACUUGCAUGUAGUGGCUGGCGACAGAGACCCAAUGUGUUGUGAGCCAUGUGGCAGCCAUAGAGACACAUCCAGUGCCACAGCCAACACAGGCACUCUCAUCAACUUAAACAUGGCACAGGUCCACCUGCAGUCACUCCAUUCCCAAAGCUAGAGCUCCGCUACUUCGGUGAGCCUGUGGAUCUGGAAAUUCUGAAGACUUUUACCAUGAAAUGAAAACACAACUGUACUCUUUUCAAUAGGUUUUUUUUUUUUUUUAAAGUCUAAGAAAAAAGUUGGAACAAACUUUAAAGAUGGGAUAUGUAAAUCAUUUAUAAGUUGUUUUUGAUUACAAGUUAUUUUACCCAUACGGCACUUUGGUUUUUAUAUUUUUAACACAUAAUCGUGAAACAAACUUCUCAUUUUUGCCUAGUUGUUCCUACUUAUUGAAGCAUGUCGUAGUAAACGGAUUGGACCUACAGAUAUCAGAAUGGCAUGUGAAUCCACGUAACACAUUUCCUCCAAAAUGAGCACUGUGCAGUAGAUAUACCGGUUCAUAAUCAUGGCAGAAUCAGUUUGACUUUGGAUGGAUAGUUGGAUCUGACCAGGAAUACAAACCUACUGGUGGAUGUAAUAAAAACAUGGUCUAUUAGAAUUUCAUCACAAGAUACAAUACCAUGCACAUUUGUACUCAAUAUCUGGCUUGUCUAUUCUAAAUCAUUACUUAUGAAGCUUUUCAGCUCCUGUAUUUCAAGAUUGUAAAUAUGUCAACAUUUGAUAUACUCAGUUUGUAUUUUUUAAAUAUUUUGUACUAUGUUUUUGAAUCAUGCUAUGAAAUGUCAAUUGUCCUAAUGGGGCUUUGUCUAACUCAUGUUCAUAAUCCACUGAAGACAUUUGCUUCAAGCGUAUAGAAUCAGACUUUUUAAAUAAAUUGUACUCAAAGUA